UUGGCUGUGAGUUAUAAUUUGGCACAUCAUGAAUUUAGGCGACGAAAACCUUAAAUGCAUUCGCGUACUGGGUCAAGGAUCAUUUGGCCGUGCCUUCCUAUGCAUUUUACGGGAAGGACGGCAUGAGCGCAAGGUUUGUGUGAAGCGUAUCAUUGUGCGUAAUCCCAAAGUUGAGAUGGCGCUUAUCAAAGAAGAGAUUUAUAUCAUUUCACAGCUACGGCAUCCGCACAUUGUGCAAUUCAUACGCUCCUUCAUGCACGCUGGCACUGUAAACAUUGUAAUGGAAUAUGUGCCGAACGGCACAAUUCGCGACGUUAUACAAAGUGCGCCUGGAAACGUAGACAAAAAACGCCUAUUAAAAUACUUUUGUGACAUGAUCAUAGGCCUGGAAUAUCUGCAUAUACGUCAUGUAAUUCAUCGCGACAUAAAGCCAGAAAAUAUGCUGCUCGAUGAAAACGAUCGUGUGAAGUUCGCCGAUUUUGGCAUAUCAGCUGUCCAUGUACCGUCCAAGAAGCAUCAGCCAUUGGGCACGCCGCUCUACAUGGCGCCCGAGAUCAUGUGUGGCGGCAAAAUUGAUUUUAAAUCGGACAUCUGGUCACUGGGGUUGGUGUUGUAUGAAUUAUGUGUGGGUCGCAAUCCAUUUGUGACGUUGCUCUCGGACGGCGCCAAAUCCUUUGAGCAUGUGCACAAAGUUGUGCGUCUGCUGACGAAGCCCAAUCUUAACUGUCAGCUAAUGCUUCAACGUUACGAUCCCGUUUGGGCUCGCAUCUGUCAGCUAAUGGUGGUGUACGAGCAGGAGCGCCGCAUUUGUCUGCCGGAUUUGCUGUGCCAGGAUCCAUGCAUUACUCUAGCCGUUUACGAGCAGUAUUUCAAUUAUAAGUAAGAUUUCAACGGCUGGUCCUUGACAUUAGCGACAUAAAAUUUACCAACUGUUUGUGUUCUUUAUGUGGAUGGACUAUAGUGCAUCCAAGAGUCAAUGUGAAAAAUUUGUAGCAUGUGAUUACGUAAAAAUGUAUGUUCGUGGUGCUUGUGUGCUCCAAGAUAAUCUUAAGUUAAUCAAACAUUUUUAUGUACCUUUUUUUUUA